GACCUAGAUUAACCAAUAGCUUUUAGACACAUUUGUUAGUCAUAUUUUUAAGUCCUGUUUCGCGUUGUGGGUGUCGGGAUAUUCUAACAAUGGGGAGACCAUGGGAUCUGUCCGUGGUACAUAGCCUAGUGGUAGUUACUGUAUUGGCAUGUGUAUUGUGUGAUCCGUCAUCGUUACUGUCUGAUAUUCCUGUAUCAAAACCUAAUGAGGGACUUUCAACAGCCUCAGACACUUUAGCUAAAGAAGGGGAGGCAAUCAGCUUGGAUGGUCUAAGCGUUGAACAGUUGAAGCAAGCACGGGAACAUGCUGAAAAACGACAGUUUGAAGCUGAGGUUGAUCGCAUGAUGAAAAUAAUAGUUAACUCUCUGUACAAAAAUAAGGAGAUCUUCCUUAGAGAAUUAAUAUCAAAUGCAUCAGACGCUCUGGAUAAGAUUCGCGUUCUUUCGCUUACUAACAAUGAAGUUCCUGAUGAGUCUGACGAAAUGAGAAUCCGAAUAAAAGCCAAUAAAGAUGCACGGACACUUCAUAUAAUAGACACAGGCAUAGGCAUGACAGAAGCUGAACUUACCUCUAACUUGGGAACCAUUGCUAAGUCUGGAACAUCUGAGUUCUUGACUAAGAUCUCUCAAAGUAGUACGGCCACAGAAAAGUCUGACCUUAUUGGCCAGUUUGGUGUUGGGUUCUACUCCUCUUUCUUAGUUGCAAACAAAGUUUUGGUUGUAUCCAAGAGUGAUAAUGAUGACCAGUAUAUCUGGGAGUCCAAUUCCACUUCAUUCGUAGUUUACAAAGACCCACGUGGAAACACCCUUAAACGUGGGACUGAAAUUGUCCUUUACUUAACGGAGGAGGCAGAAGAUUAUUUACAAUCCGAAACUCUUAAAGAAGUUGUGAAAAAAUACAGUCAGUUCAUCGAUUUCCCCAUUUAUGUGUGGUCGAGUCGAGUGGAAUCGCAGGCUGCUGAACCCGAAGAAAAGGAGGAGUCAAAAACAGCUGAUUCUGAAGCUAGCGUUGAAGAAGAAAGUGGAAAAAAAAGUGAAAGCAAGACCGUAGACAAAGUCGUCUGGGACUGGGUACGUGUAAAUGCAAAUAAACCUAUUUGGAAACGCAAACCGGCCGACGUUACUGAUGCGGAGUACAAUGAUUUAUUCCGUGCCUAUUCAAAUGAUAAUGACGAUCCUCUCGCCAAGAUUCAUUUCAGUGGUGAGGGAAAUGUGUUAUUUAGUUCAAUACUGUAUAUACCAAAACAUCUUCCCUCUAACAUAUUCCAGAUGCACAGUACUCAUAGUGAUAGGAUCAAGUUGUACGUUCGUCGUGUAUACAUUUCUGACGCAGCCGAUGAUCUGCUUCCUAAAUACUUGGCAUUCGUUUUUGGUAUAGUGGAUAGUGACGAACUUCCUCUAAAUGUUUCUCGUGAAAUGCUGCAGCAAAACAAACUCCUUAAAUUGAUAAAGAUAAGAUUGGUCAAGAAAGUUCUCCAGAUGAUUAGCGAACUUUCUGAAUCUCAGUUUAAAAAUUUCUGGAAGGAAUACUCUGUGAACAUAAAACUUGGUAUAAUUGACGAUCUUCCAAAUCGCACUAAGUUAUCCAAGUUCCUACGGUUUUGGACUUCAAACAGCACUGAAAACCAAUCAAGUCUUGCAGAUUAUGUUUCACGCAUGAAAAAUGGUCAGGAAGAUAUAUACUAUCUUACCGCAUCUUCAAUAACUGAGGCGAAGUCAUCUCCAUUUGUAGAAAGGCUAAUCAAGAAAGGCUAUGAAGUCAUUUAUAUGAUCGAUCCUGUUGACGAGUACAUGCUUCAGUCGCUAACUGAAUAUGAUAAGAAAAAGUUACGAAAUGUGGCAAAGGGAACGAUCGAAAUCGACAAAUCGGAAGAAGCAAAGACUCGUAAAGAAGAACUAGACAAAGAAUUCAAACCUCUCUUGGAAUGGUUUAAGGAAAAUUUGAAAGAAUAUGUCGAUAAGACUGCCUUGUCAGAAAGAUUAUUGAAUACUCCAUGUGCUCUUGUCGCUAAUGAAUUCGGUUGGUCCGGAAAUAUGGAGCGCAUUAUGACUGCACAAGCAUAUCAAAGGGGUGGAGAUCCAUCAUCUACUUAUUACUCUACUAUGAAAAAGGUCUUUGAAAUUAACCCACGCCAUCCAGUAAUGAAAAAGUUAAACGUUCUUAUAAAGACCUCUAAAGAUGAUCCUACAAUAAGUCAUACUGCGAAUUUGCUCUUCGAUGUUGCGGUCCUUCGUUCAGGUUUUUCUGUUAAGAACCCUGUUGCUUUCGCAGAACGAGUUGAAUCUGUUGUAAAGAAAAGUUUAGAUAUUGAUCAAAGCGAGUUGCUGGACGAAGAACCUGAGACUGAUGAGGAGUCUGUAACGGAUGAAGUGAAUAAAGAGUCGAUUUCAAAUGAAGAUUCAACGAACGAAAAGUCAGAAGCAUCUUCGCAAAUUGAUAUACAUAGUUUUACUGAUUUCUAUGACAAUGAAAAUAAUUGGAAAAUGAACAAAACAGAAACAAAUCAAUUUUCGGAAUUCAAUCUUAUUACUGAAUCUUUUGAAGACAGUAUUACUCCUAGUUUCGUCACAACAUCAGAUUGUCCAACAUGCCGUCGACUUUUAGGGUGUAGUUCACGAGUUCAUAGUCAUCAAACUGACAGAAAUCCUAAAGUGGAUCAAAUUGAUAACAAUGAAAAUGAUGACCAAGAUGAAGAUGAAUACAAUGAAUCUGAAACAACAGGAAUGACCAAUGAUUCUGGUAAUGAUGACGAUGAUGAUGAUGGGGAAGAUAAGGAUGACGAUUUCGGGAAAUAUCUAGGUGAGAAAAUUUCUGAGUCAAAGAUUAAAUCAACAUUUAGACAUAUGCGUAAAUUAGAAGAGUCUAAAGAUAAUGAUGAUAAUGGUGAUGUCGACAACAAUACUGAGUAUAAUGAGUGUUUGUCAAUAUGCGCUUCUAGGCAUGGGAAAAAAUUAGAUUUAAGACAUACCCUUAAUUUAGAAGAUGAUGAUAGUAGAGGAGAAGAUGAAGAUCAGUUAAAAGAAUCAACGACAGAAAACAAACUUGUUCAUAAUGAAAAUAAAAAACAACUUCCUAAUCUAAAAAAUAUGCCUGAAAUACAUAAAAACAAAUUAAAAGCUGAUGUUAAAGCUUUGAAUCAAAAACUGCAAAUAAGUAAAGAUCAUCUUAUAAAACAUAAUGAACCAAAAAGUGAAAAGAUUACAGAAGUACAAACUACUGAUGAACUAGACGAUAUUGAUGAAGACGAUAAUGAUGAUAGCAAUGAUGAUGAUGAUGAUGAUGGUGGAAAUAAAGAUUAUGAAGAUGAUAUUGAUGAUGAUCAAGAUGAUGAGGAUGAAAAAUUUGCAGAUAAUUACAGCGAUGAUAAUGACAAACAUGACACCACUAAAGUACUAAAACCAGGCUGCAAAAAAUCUAUUCAAGAGGGUCAACCAUCAAUAAAUGAGAAUACGAAUAAGAAGCUGAGUAAUGACGAUGUUGAAGACUAUGAUUACGAUGACAGCAAUGAUGGUAAUGAUAAUGAUGAUGAUACUAAUGAAGUUGGUGACGAUAAUGAAAAUGAUAAUCAUGAUGUAAACAGUCAAUCAAAUGAUGAUACAUCUAAAGGAAAAGAUUUUAAAAUUGACCAGCAUAAAAAUAUAAAAACAACAGUUGAUCAAUUUGAAGAUGAUGAAUAUGAUGAAACUGAUGAUUUUGAUCCAGAUAAUGAUAUUGAAGAAGAAAGUGAAGAUGAUCAACCAGAAGAUUUAGAUUUGGAAAUAUCACCUGAAGAAGGUUAUGAAGAUGUUGAUGAUCCUGAUUACAGUGAUUGGAUAGAGGCUGAUGAAGAAUUAAAUCCUAAUUGGCCUGGUGUAAGGAAAUUAAUGGCAGUUAAAACAACAACUCCUACUACUUCAUCUAAAUCCAAGUCUCACUCAGAAACGGCUACUGGACAUACAAAGAAUAAGAAAGUUCCAUCAAAAACAGCAACACAUGUAAAGACCAUUUCUAAAACACCAUCAUCCAAAUUAUCUGAAAGUUCUAAAACAAAACAACCCAAGGACAAACCUUCUUCUAGUCAUCAUCAACAAAAUCAACCAGACAAGUUAAAAUCUUCCACAUUAGCAUCAUCAAAGCAUGCAGAAGAUCAUCACUCAAAGAAGGCAGUGCAUAAAACUGUUCCGUCACAAGAUAAAUUAAAAACACCAGUUCCAACAAAUAAAAACCCUAAACAAUCUACACAAAAAUCGAAACCAGUACGAAUUAUUGGAAAUAUAAACGAUCAUGACUGUGAUGGUAUACCAGAUGAUAUUGAUGAAGAUAUUGAUAAUGACGGUCUUUUGGACCGAACACAAGAUUCCGAUUGGGAUGGAUUAUUGAAUCAUGUUGAUGAAGACGAUGAUAAUGAUGGUAUCCCUGAUAUUGAAGAUGAAGAUUCUAAUGGUGAUGGAAUACCAGACUGCCGUUCUGAUGUCUCUGACUUAAAACUAAAAGUAAGAUAUAAGAAGAAAAUGCGUAAAGUUGACAGCGACUUCGACGGUGUUCCAGAUGAUGUUGACGGAGAUGAUGAUAACGAUGGUAUUCCAGAUAUUAUGGAAGAUGAAGACAAAGAUCAAAUUCCUGAUUUUUUAGGACUUACUCGUGCUGAUUUUUUAAAGGGUGUCAGUACUAAAGAAUUAAACAGACGAAUGAAUAAACGUGGUUGGUUUGAUCAUGACUGUGAUGGUAUUCCAGAUAAUCUCGAUCCAGAUGAUGAUAACGAUGGGUAUUUCGAUUCAAAACAAGAUAGUGAUCGUGAUGGUAUGCUGAAUGAAUUCGAUGAUGACGAUGAUAAUGAUGGAAUACCAGACAGUGAAGAUCUUGAUGCUAAUGGAGACGGUAUACCUGAUUGUAUUGUUAAGGAUUCAGAUGGUGAUCAUAUUCCUGACCAUAUUGACACAGAUGAUGAUAAUGAUGGUAUACCGGAUUUACAAGAUCCAGAUCAUCCCAAUUUCGAUUACUUACGUGAUUCGGAUAAGGAUGGUAUUCCUGAUACACUAGACAUGGAUGAUGAUAAUGAUGGUAUACCAGAUAGCAUGGAUUUUGAUUCAGAUGGUGAUGGAUCGGAUGAUCUGUUUCAAGAUAUUGACAAAGAUGGGGUACCGGAUAGUGUAGAUGAUGAUAUGAAUAAUGAUGGAAUACCGGAUCAUAAACAAGAUCAUGAUUGUGAUGGAAUCCCAGAUAUUGUUGACCCUGAUGAUGAUAACGAUGGUUAUUUUGACACAAAACAGGAUAGCGACAAUGAUGGUUUAUUGAAUGAAUGGGACGAUGAUGAUGAUAAUGAUGGUAUUCCAGAUGUGGAUGAUGAGGAUUCGAAUGGUGAUGGGAUCAUUGAUUGUCAACCACAUGAUAGUGAUAAUGAUGGAAUACCCGAUCAUAUCGAUGAAGAUGAUGAUAACGAUGGUAUACCAGAUCAACGAGAUCCUGAUUCAAUGUCAUUUCUGCUGUAUAAACAUAAGCGUUUUCUUGAAGCUAUCCCAGCUCAUAUUGCACGACAAGAAGCCAACUUGUUAAAUGUCGAUUUAGGCGAUCCAAAUGAUAAAGAUUGUGAUGGAAUUCCAGAUCAUAUUGAUAAUGAUUUGGAUAAUGAUGGAAAAAUCGACAGAACACAAGAUUCAGAUAUGGAUGGAUUAUUAAACCACAUAGACGAAGAUGAUGAUAAUGAUGGUAUUCCUGAUGUAUUAGAUCCUGAUGCAAAUGGUGAUGGUAUUCCAGAUUGUCGACGUGAUGGUGGAUUACAUUAUAAAUUAGUUAAAUCACCUUCUGGUUUAAUUAAAAAAGUAUUAAGAAUACGUGAACCAACACAAGAAGAACAACAUCAAGCCUAUAUGGUUAAUGAAGCUAAACGUAAAUUAAUACGUAUUCGUGCUAAACUACGUGAACCUUUACCAAAGAAUACAAUACAAGCAAUUCCAUCAUUUGAUUUCAAUGAUAACAUGAAUGAUAAUCCAGAUAAUCAUCAUAAUGUUAAUGAAAUAAAAUCUAAAAUAAAAUCAUUUAAUUCAAAAUCUGUUCAAUCUAAUAUCAAUUCAAAAAAUGAACAUACAAUUAAACAUCAUCCAAAUAAUAAACAAGAAAAUGGCGGUAAUAUAAAUUCAAAGAAAACAUCAAUACAAGGAGUCAAAUCUACUGGUUCACCUUCUUUAAAACAAUCAAAUCAACAACAAAUACCAAUAAAACAUAUCAAGGAACAAAAUACUGUUAAAUUAAAUAAUAAACAACAAAAUCGUAAAUUAGCAGAAAGUUUAAUACCAAAUGAAAAUACUGAUUCAUUUUAUUCUUUAAAUAAAGACAUUUUACUGAAUAUUCAUGAUAUGAAUGAUUACCCUGAUCAUGUUUCUACUCCCUUUGAUAAUUUUAACGAUGAUAAUGAUGAUGAUGACAAUGAAAUAGAGAAUGAUCAAGAAGUUAAUUUAGCUGAUACAAACUUAAAAUCAUCAAUAUUUGGCAGUUUUUUAUUGCCUGGAGCAGAAGCAGGAACAACUAAUGAAGUAACUGGAUCAAAUAGAAAAAAUAUCAAGAAAACGAAACAAAACGAAGCAACACAAAUGAAAAAAGUUGAUAAAUUAAAAUUAAAAGAAAAACAGAAGGUUAAUGAAAAUGACAAAAGGUUACACUCCACAAAAAAUAAACAAUCAUGUGACGUCCAUUCUUGUCAAACAACAAAAAAUAACCAGGUGAAAACUCACCGAAAAUCUCAUUCUAUCACAAACUAUUUAUCUAGCCAUCAUGAAGAUGAUCAUGAUGACGAAGAUGAAACAUCGCUAGACUCAGAUGGUGACGGCAUACCGGAUUAUAUGGAAGAUGAAAAUGGCGAUGGUAUUCCGGACUACCUAGAAGAUGAUGAUAAUGAUGGCAUUCCAGAUCAUUUAGAAAGUGAUUCAGACGGAGACGGUAUUCCAGAUUAUAUGGAAGAUGAUGAUGGAGAUGGAAUACCAAACUACUUAGAAGACGAAGAUGAAAAUGGCAUUCCAGAUUACCUGGAAAAUAGUAAACAAAUCAAAAAUCAAGGUAAGUAUAAAAUAAACGAACGUCCAGUUCGAAAACAUAAAAAUAAAGAAACACGUACAGAUGACAAUAAAAAAAAUAUAAUAAGAUACGGAAAAAACAACAAUAAAAAAAUCCACAGUCAAGAACGCUACUCACACCAUGACCAUCUAGAAGACGAUUCUGAUGGCGACGGUAUCCCUGACCAUCAGGAGGAUGAGGAUGGUGACGGCAUUCCAGACUACCUGGAAGACGAUGAUGGGGACGGUAUUCCUAAUUAUCUCGAAACGAGUCACCUCAAGAGAGCAAGCAAAUUACCGAAACACAUCGACAGGGACGGUGAUGGAAUUCCAGACCAUCUAGAGGGUGAUUCUGAUGGUGACGGUAUCCCUGACCAUCAGGAGGAUGAGGAUGGUGACGGCAUUCCAGACUACCUGGAAGACGAUGAUGGGGACGGUAUUCCUAAUUAUCUCGAAACGAGUCACCUCAAGAGAGCAAGCAAAUUACCGAAACAUAUCGACAGGGACGGUGAUGGAAUUCCAGACCAUCUAGAGGGUGAUUCUGAUGGUGACGGUAUCCCUGACCAUCAGGAGGAUGAGGAUGGUGACGGCAUUCCAGACUACCUGGAAGACGAUGAUGGGGACGGUAUUCCUAAUUAUCUCGAAACGAGUCACCUCAAGAGAGCAAGCAAAUUACCGAAACAUAUCGACAGGGACGGUGAUGGAAUUCCAGACCAUCUAGAGGGUGAUUCUGAUGGUGACGGUAUCCCUGACCAUCAGGAGGAUGAGGAUGGUGACGGCAUUCCAGACUACCUGGAAGACGAUGAUGGGGACGGUAUUCCUAAUUAUCUCGAAACGAGUCACCUCAAGAGAGCAAGCAAAUUACCGAAACAUAUCGACAGGGACGGUGAUGGAAUUCCAGACCAUCUAGAGGGUGAUUCUGAUGGUGACGGUAUCCCUGACCAUCAGGAGGAUGAGGAUGGUGACGGCAUUCCAGACUACCUGGAAGACGAUGAUGGGGACGGUAUUCCUAAUUAUCUCGAAACGAGUCACCUCAAGAGAGCAAGCAAAUUACCGAAACACAUCGACAGGGACGGUGAUGGAAUUCCAGACCAUCUAGAGGGUGAUUCUGAUGGUGACGGUAUCCCUGACCAUCAGGAGGAUGAGGAUGGUGACGGCAUUCCAGACUACCUGGAAGACGAUGAUGGGGACGGUAUUCCUAAUUAUCUCGAAACGAGUCACCUCAAGAGAGCAAGCAAAUUACCGAAACACAUCGACAGGGACGGUGAUGGAAUUCCAGACCAUCUAGAGGGUGAUUCUGAUGGUGACGGUAUCCCUGACCAUCAGGAGGAUGAGGAUGGUGACGGCAUUCCAGACUACCUGGAAGACGAUGAUGGGGAUGGUAUUCCCAAUUAUCUUGAAAAUAAUGGUGCUGCAUCAAUUUAUUUAAAUUUUUUGCGGAAAUCGAUCAUGAAUUUGAAGUCUUCGGAUUCAAAGGACAAUGUUAUUCAUGAUUACCUGCGUGGUUACACUGAUGGUGAUGGUGUUCCUGACUAUCUAAGAGAUAGUGAUAAUGAUGGAGUACCAGAUUUUAUGGAAGAUGUUGAUGAUGAUGGAACACCAAACUAUAUAGAUGUUGAUUCUACAGGACAAUCUUUGCAACAUACAAUUUCGUAUAAAAAGCACUACGAUGUCAAUAAAAAUGGCAUACCAGAUGACUUGGAAAGUGAUCAGGAUGGAGAUGGCAUCCUUGACUUCAUGGAAGAUUCUGAUGACGAUGGUAUUCCAGAUUAUCUAGAGGACUCAGAUAAUGAUGGAUUCCCAAACUAUUUAGAUGAUACAUUUAACUCCAAACGUGAUAUCCAUUUAAAAUUUGAAGAUAAAAAUAAGAAUGGGAUACCGGAUCAUUUAGAACGUGAUUCUGACUAUGACGGAGUUCUUGACUAUUUAGAAGAUUCUGAUAGAGAUGGUAUACCAGACUAUUUAGAAGAUACUGAUGCAGAUGGUACACCAGAUUACAUGGAUGAAGAUGCUGUUACACAAUUUUCUCCGAGAAAAAUACGCCAUCGUGGCAGCGGUCGAAAAUUUGCUGAUGCUGAUAGAGAUGGUAUACCAGAUCAUUUAGAAGGUGAUAUUAAUCAAAACAAUAUCAUUGACUAUUUAGAAGAUUUGGAUAAUAACAGUAUACCGGAUUAUCUUGAAGAUUCUGACAAAGAUGGUAUACCAGACUAUUUAGACGAAGAUGCUAAUACAAAGUUUUCACCCAAAGUAUUAAGAUCAUUAAAACCAGCCAGACAUUAUGCUGAUAUAGACGGUGAUUACAUACCAGACCAUUUGGAAGAAGAUAAUGAUGGUGAUGGAAUUCCAGACUACCAAGAAGAUUCUGAUUCGAAUGGUAUCCCAGAUUAUUUAGAAGAUAGUGAUGGUGAUGGUAUACCGGAUUACAUAGAUGAGGAUGCUACGACACAGUUUUCACCGAAAAAAUAUCGUGAAUUACGUUCUUCUAUGAAAUUUGAAGAUGAAGACGGUGAUGGUAUACCAGAUCAUUUACAAGGUGAUUCCGAUGGUGAUGGAAUUUUAGAUUUUCUUGAAGAUAGCGAUGGUGAUGGGUUACCAGAUUAUUUAGAAGAUGCUGACGGUGAUGGUAUUCCAGAUUAUUUAGAUGAAGACGCAAAUAGCCAAUUUUCACCGAAACAUUUCACUGACAAAAAUAAAGAUGGUAUACCGGAUCAUUUAGAAGGUGAUUCAGACGGUGAUGGUAUACCGGAUUAUCUUGAAGAUACUGAUCAAGAUGGUGUCCCAGAUUAUUUAGAAGAUUCCGAUAAUGAUGGUAUACCGAAUUAUUUAGAUAAUGAUGUUGUUGAUGUGGAAGUUGAAGCAGUUAUUGAAGCGUAUGAUAAAGAUACUAACAAUAAUGGGAUGGCAGAUUAUUUAGAAGAUUGGGACGGUGAUGGUAUACCAAAUUAUCUUGAAGACGAAGAUCAUGAUGGUAUUGUAGACUUCUUGGAUAAACAAGACAAUCGUUUAUUAAGACGAUUGACCAAAAAUAAGAAAUCAAAAUUUCAAAAUCCAAAUGAUAAAAAUGCCAAUUUUAUACCAGAUCAUGUAGAGGAUGAUUUAGAUGGUAAUGGAAUUCCAGAAUUUAAACAAGAUUCUGAUGGUGAUGGUAUACCGGACUACUUAGAUGAAGAUUAUUUUCAUCACUUCCUAAAGGAGUCAAAAAAACACACCAAAAAGAAAAGAAAAGAAAGUAAAAAAUCUUCGAGUAAAAUCAAAGCCGUCCCUGGGAUCCCAGACAGUUUGGAUCAUGAUGCAGAUAGUGAUGGUGCACUGAAAGAGAAAGUUGCCGAUCGAAAUAACAACGGGGUACCAGAUAAUCUAGAGAUGAAAGACUCUGAUAAUGAUGGAAUUCCCGAUGAUCAAGGUAUUUCGUCUUAAAAAGCCAUGAAAAUUCAUUGCUUCCCCCCUCACGCACCGAAAUGCGCUACAAAUUGAUAUUGAAUGGCUUAAUAACUAUUAUUACUAUUAUGCAUUUGUAUUGUUUCAUGAAAGAAGUAUUAAUUAAUGUGUGCGUGCACGUAAAAUACAAAUUGUUUGAAAAUGCUCAAGAUUAUCAACUACAUGUCGUCAAACAUAGUUCCGCUCUAAUAACAUUCUCUUCUUGAUUGGCAUCCCUUCAUCACCUCUCUUUAUAUUUUAACGCUUCCUUUUCUGAUAUUUCCUAAUGAGUGAAAAAAAAUGCAUAGAUGGAGUCAACCAAUAUUGAGUAUAUCCCACCGUCUUUCUUCUACGCUCAUACAUAUGUAUACGUAUUGAUAUGAACCGUUUUGUUAUUGUUUCUGUUAUUUUAUUUCUACCCAUUUGUUGUUAAUCAAAUCAUGACGUACUACCAUCUUUGAAGUAACCCAGAUUUCUUUAAAUGUUAGAUGUUUUUAUUUUCAUUGAUUUUCCGUGAAUUUCUAAACAACAAAACUGCAUGUCUUAAUUUCCUCUAGGAUCUUAUAUUGCGUUUGUCUAUUUGUAUGCUGAAGCUUUGAGCUGUAUGUUAAAUUUCUUCAUCCGUCUAAUUUAAAAAUGUGAUCAUUGGAUGAAAAUGGAACAUUAAGAUUGCAUGUUCUAUAAUGGAGAUAUUGAGUUAAAAUGAGAAAAAUUCCCCUACUUACAAAUAUAAAAGUUACUU